CGUUUACUGUCAGAGCAUCCUGGUUCCGUUUUGCUGCUUUCACGCCAGGGCCUUAGGCCUGUCCGAAGUCUCUUUACUGGAAGGAGUGGAGUCAGGGACUGGCUGUUCUUCCUGCCCGUCCCCUUUCAGGUAUUCCACACAGAUUCUCGUGACUUGAAGGUCCAGGGAUUCUGGGAGGUUCAAGGUCUUCCCAGGAAGGAAGGAAAUCUCUGGAAGAAAGGUGAAAGACGACAGACACUGUCCUGGGACCAGCAGAACCCGAGAAGCUGUGGGAAGCUUAAGGACCCCAGCCAGAGGCGUGGGAAGAAGCCACAGCUCCAGGCCCAGGCUGCCUUCUGAAAGAAUUGAACUCAAGCUACUUUUCAUGAAAGAAGGGCCACCUCAGAGGUUACCCCAGAUUCGGCUGGGUUCUUCCACUCUGGAUAUCCCUACUCUGAAGAGCCUGUUGCUGAGAACCAAAGAAGAUAAGAGGCCAGAUUAAUUUUCCCCCAGCCCAGCGCUGGACAACAGGCGUCAGGCAUCUGCACCCCUAGUGGCUGGCUGCGGGGUCUGGUGAGGAGUUUCUGGUUCCCUCCAGCCUGCGGCUUCAGUGCUUGAUGGGGCUGCCUGUUGGUAGAUCAGUGUUUGCAGCACCUGGUAGGAGCGGAGAGCCGUGGGAAGAGGUCCUGCGGCGCCCAAGCCUGGGUUCACCCCAAGACUAAGUUCUUUCUCGAGUUAGAGAGGGAGAGAGAAGGCAAAAAAAAAAAAAAGAGAGAGAGAGAGAGAAAGAAGUUUCCCCCGUCCCGUUUUCCCUUCCCGUCAUGUCCUCUAAGUUGGAGCUGAAGGACGUCCACCAGCUGAACGGGACUGGCCCUACUGCUUCACCCUGCUCUUCAGAUGGCUCCGGCCGAGAGCCCUUGGCAGGGCCCGCCGAGUUCCUGGGGCCUGAUGGGGCUGGGGUAGAGGUGGUGGUGAUUGAGUCUCGGGCCAACGCCAAGGGGGUUCGGGAGGAAGACGCCCUGCUGGAGAACGGGAGCCAGAGCAACGAGAGCGACGACGUCAGCACAGACCGCGGCCCCGCACCACCCUCCCCGCUCAAGGAGACCUCCUUUUCCAUCGGCCUGCAAGUGCUCUUUCCCUUCCUCCUGGCAGGCUUUGGGACUGUGGCUGCAGGCAUGGUGCUGGACAUCGUGCAGCACUGGGAAGUCUUCCAGAAGGUGACAGAGGUCUUCAUCCUGGUGCCUGCACUGCUGGGGCUUAAGGGGAACCUGGAAAUGACCCUGGCAUCGAGGCUGUCCACCGCAGCCAACAUUGGGCACAUGGACACACCCAAGGAGCUCUGGCGCAUGAUCACUGGGAACAUGGCCCUCAUCCAGGUGCAGGCCACAGUGGUGGGCUUCCUGGCAUCCAUUGCAGCUGUCGUCUUUGGCUGGAUCCCUGACGGCCACUUCAGUAUCCCGCAUGCCUUUCUGCUGUGUGCCAGUAGCGUGGCCACGGCCUUCAUUGCCUCCCUGGUCCUGGGUAUGAUCAUGAUUGGAGUCAUCAUUGGCUCUCGAAAGAUUGGAAUCAACCCAGACAAUGUGGCCACCCCCAUUGCUGCCAGCCUGGGUGACCUCAUUACCUUGGCACUACUUUCAGGCAUCAGCUGGGGACUCUACCUGGAGCUGGAUAACUGGAAAUACAUCUACCCCCUGGUGUGUGCCUUCUUCGUGGCCCUGCUACCUGUCUGGGUGGUGCUGGCCCGACGGAGCCCAGCCACAAGGGAGGUGCUGUACUCCGGCUGGGAGCCUGUCAUCAUUGCCAUGGCCAUCAGCAGUGUGGGAGGCCUCAUCUUGGACAAGACUGUCUCAGACCCCAACUUUGCAGGGAUGGCUGUCUUCACACCUGUGAUUAAUGGUGUUGGGGGCAAUCUGGUGGCAGUGCAGGCCAGCCGCAUCUCCACCUUUCUCCACAUGAAUGGAAUGCCAGGGGAGAGCUCCGAGCAAGCCCCUCGCCGCUGUCCCAGUCCUUGUACCACCUUCUUCAGUCCUGAUGUGAAUUCUCGCUCGGCCCGGGUCCUCUUCCUACUUGUGGUUCCAGGACACCUGGUGUUCCUCUACACCAUCAGCUGUAUGCAGGGAGGGCACACCACACUCACACUCAUCUUCAUCGUCUUCUACAUGACAGCCGCACUGCUCCAGGUGCUGAUUCUCCUGUACAUCGCCGACUGGAUGGUGCACUGGAUGUGGGGCCGGGGCCUGGACCCAGACAACUUCUCCAUCCCGUACUUGACAGCUCUGGGGGACCUGCUUGGCACUGGGCUCCUAGCACUCAGCUUCCAUGUCCUCUGGCUCAUUGGGGACCGAGACACGGACGUCGGGGACUAGCCUGGUCACUCAACCUUCUCCUCACCCUCUGCACUUUCUUAAUGAAAUUUUGUCUUUUGUUCCCCUUCCCCCGCCCCACUCCACACUCCCACCUCUUUCUAGGACUUCGCUUUGAUACCGAAUUCUCAUUAUUUUCAAUGGGAAUUUUUAUACAUUGAGCCAAGUUUGUAUAACAAGAAUUCAGGCAGGGCAGAGGGACUGAGAUAAGCAGUACAAGUAGAUUUUUGAGACAAUCACCAAGUGCAAUUUCAAUUUCAUGUGAGGUGGAUUGGGACAGGGAUUCCAUCUGGGAACUUGGAACAUGCUUUAGCAAACUUAGUCUUGACCCUAAUGAGAAACCCUUUGUGAGUGGGCUCUGGUGUUUUUGUUUUCUCUUUUUUUGGUUGAACAGAGGAAUAAAUAUCACUACCCCCCCCCACACACACACACACACACACACAUACACUUUUUCUAGAAAUGGACCAACUUCAAGGCAGGAGACAACUGCUCUUGGCUCCAUAAAAUCCUAGCCUUGUUCUGUGCCCUCUGGACCUAGGCCCUUCUGCUUUCAUAAAGACUAAGGUGGACUAUUCAAAUUGUGCACGUGCCCCUUACCCAAUUGAUGGUAAGCACCGCCCUGAUGACCUUUUUGCCAUUGAUUGUGACAUCCAGAAGAAAUGAGCAGUGGCCUGGUUUCCUUGUUGACCCAUACUCGCCCAUAGGUUUGCCAAGAUCUAUAUCCCCUCUGGGCCCAGAGGACCAAUCCUGUAUCUCUGUUCAGCCUUCACCUCUAAUUGUCUCUAAGCAUUACCUUCCCCAGAGCUUGCCAGAUUGGGUUCCAGGAUUAGGGACAGGAAUGGGUACGUGGAGAAUGGUUGGGAGGCUGAGGGCAACCAGGGGUGUCUCACUGCUGCUGUUUCUCCUGAGGACACAUGGUCACGUGUCACCUCCUAAAAUCACUCAGUCUGUCAUGUCAUGGAGAUCAGUUGUCCUCUUUCUUGGCUUCUGCCCACAUUGACCAUCCAGUCAUUUACUCAUUCAACAAGUGCACAGCCUCCCCAAGAGGAGCGCUUCUGCAGGCAGGUCUGAGACAUUCACUGAGCAAUAUUUACUGAGUGCCUACUACGCAUUAGGUACUGUGCCAGGCACUGACUAGCCAGUGGUAAGGGAAAUACAGCUCUAACCUCACCUCAUUCCCCAGAUAAAGGCCACAUGCUCCUUCAAUCUGGCAGGAAAAGCAUCCUCGCUGUAUUUGCAUCUGUAUCACCAAACCAGGUUCUGCCUCUGGAUCUCCCUCCUAGAGCCCAGCUGUGUAAAAUGCUGACCGCAGCUAGAGCGCCCAGCCCCAUGGCUCAGUUCAUCUCUCAAAUGACCCUUCCUCACCUUUCCUACACUCCACCUCCCCUUACCAGCCAUCAAAAAAGGGUUCAGAACUAGUAGACUAGACAUCAACUAGCUCCCUCUGCUUUUUCUCUGCCUAGCACAAGGUUGGGAGAACACCGAAGUCUCUCUCUUACCCACGUUACUCUGAACAGAUAGGAAGUCUGUCCACACUCACACAUGUACAAAUCUGGGCGUUUGGAUGCAGGUUUUUUCUAGCCUCUCCACAUUCUUCCCAGACCUACCCCCCCCACAUCCCCUAAAGGACCCACCUCCAGGGAAAGGCAAAGGAAUGACCUUCUCUCUUACCAACACCAUGCCUUACCCCAGGAACUUGCCCUGUACCUCCAGACUGUCUCCUCUCUCCCUCCAUUUCCACCCAGGCCACCUAGUGGAGUCUAGAACCUUAGAAUUGGAAGGAACCAUAGAGGUUCUCCAGUUGGAACUGUGUCCAACAGAGUUCAUUAACACCAGCCUGGGCUUGUUUCUGCUCCUCGGGCCUUGCAUCUUGUCCCCGACCUCCAAACACAUUUGCACACAGACUCUUCUUGUACAGGCACCAAAAUCAACUCCCCUGCCCCUGAAGUUGUGCCCCGUGACCCCCAGUCACCCCUGCCCAGUCACUCACCCCUUCCUCAUCUCUGGAGUUCGGCCAGGCUGCCCUGGAAGACUCGAGCAUCUUCCUUUGCCUAAGGCAGGAAGGUAGGCGUGUCCCCAGCCCUCACUGUGAGCAGAGGGGAGGACUGUGGGGUGAGACGCAAGACAAUGAAGCUGACUUUCGUGGAAGAUUCGUUUCUUUUCCCCUGAUUGCACAAACUGCAUGUACUUUUGGCCUGGCUGCAAGGAGCGAUAUUGGUUUACUCUUGUAUCCUUAAAAAGUUACAGAACUGUGUCUUAAGAGAAUUAUUUAUAGUUACUAUAACUGAAUUGACAGAUGUCAACAUAACUGAUAAAUUAUAUUUGGUAAAUAAAGAGGACGUUUAUUUA